AUGCCCGAUUCUGAUGCUGCCUUUGCGGCAGAGAGCGGCUUGCCGAGGAUUCUGGGACUUCUGACCACGUUUUUCUUCGUUUCCGUCAUCGUUGUCGGCCUUCGCAUGUACACCCGAAUACGCAUCCUUCGCACUGCUAGUUCCGACGAUGUCCUCAUCGGCUUGGCAGCACUGGCAGGAUGGAUCAUGGUUCUCAUCCAGUCAAAAUACGGCCUUGGCCGCCACCAGUCAACCAUCUCGGCCGACGACUUGAAAAUAUAUAAUAAGCUAUUCUUCUGUCUGAAUGUCGUUUCAAUCGCCAUCGGAACCAUGUUCCUCAAGGUUUCCAUUGCCCUCAACCUUCACAGACUAUGCAAGAACCAGUGGUAUAAGUGGUCCUUGCGCGUUCUGAUAGUCAUCGUCAUACUUUACGAAUUUGUCGGCUUUCUCUUCUUCUUCCUCGACUGCAAACCAUUGGCUGGCUACUGGGACACGACCCUAGAUGCCAAAUGCGCAGAGACUAGUACGCUUAUUGCAUUUGGUCUGGUCAACACAAGCUUUAGUAUUGUCACCGAUGUUGCGCUCGCAGUUCUUCCAAUUCCUAUCAUCUGGGCUUUGAACAUGAAGCUGAAGCUCCGCUUGUACCUCAUUGCAGUCCUUAGUCUUGGCUAUCUCGCUGUGGCAAUGGAUAUCGUCAAGACUUAUUACCAAGAAACCUUCUCUUUAGACGUGGACGAGACCUAUACCGAUAACCUCAUUUUGUUUGGCCUCCUUGAAGAGUAUUUUGGCAUGAUUGCAGCCUCUGUGCCGAUGCUUAGGCCAUUGGUCGGCAAGGCCAUAGGUCUCUCUUCCGCAGAUUACUACACCUACGGCCGCAAUACUGGCGAUACAAGCUCGAUGAGCGCGAGACAAGCAGCGAGGGUGGCUUAG